GGUGGGUUGAUUGAUUGGCUAAUGGAAUUUGGGGUUGGAUUGUUACUACCGUUUUUGCUUCACAUCUUCAGACCACCAACAAGUUGUCCUAAUCUCAACUAUCAAGAUUCAUGGCUUUAAACUAGUAGUAGCACUUUCCUGUUCAAGCCAACAAACAGUACUAAGGUUUUUGUUUUUUUGCAAUCUUGAAAUUAUACUAUGUUGAAGAAGAGAUCUGAUUCUGGUUCUCUCUUUGGUAAUGGGCAGUCUCAAAUGCUCAGUUUCUCUUCCCCCAACUCUCACCCUCUAGGGAUGCAUCAUCAAGUUGCAACUCCUCACUCUUACACUACAGGCCCUGUCUCUGGAGGCUUGUAUGGUGGAAUAUCAACAGGGGUUAAGGGGCCAUUUACUCCAUCACAAUGGAUGGAGCUAGAACACCAAGCCUUAAUCUACAAGUACAUGACUGCAAAUUAUCCUGUGCCUUCUAACCUCCUCAACCCCAUUAAGAAAGCAAUGGAAUCUGCUCGGUUCUCCAGUUCUUUGGGCGCAAAUCUUAGACCAGUUGAAUGGGGUGCUUUUCAUCUGGGAUUUCCUAACAAUGCUGAUCCUGAUCUUGGGAGAUGUCGUCGGACAGAUGGGAAAAAAUGGCGCUGCUCACGAGAGGCUGUCGCUGAUCGAAAAUAUUGUGAUCGACACACAAAAAGAUCCCGUUCAAGAAAGCCUGUGGAAGGUCAAACUGGCCAUAACGUCUCUGGAACCACCAAUACCACCACAAAGAGUCCGCCUAUGUCUUCUUCCACAUCAGCUGCCUUGGUGGUUCCAGCUAGCGAUACAUUUAACAAUUUUGGUCUCUCAGGAAACCGAUUGCAACAAGGCACACCCAAUCCCACCACAUCCCCUCACCCUAAAAGGAGAUCUGUUAAUAUCCAUGAGGAAGUGAAAGAGAUGGAAGGGCUUCCCAUGAAACGUCCAGUCAAUACUCUGAAUGAAAGUGGGUUCUUAAAUAUUAAACAUAUUCCAUAUCAAGAGUCUUCUACAAUGGACUUUGGACUUCAAUGCUCCGACUCGAUGCUAAACCCAUUCCAGAAAGCUCCUUCAUUGAUCAAAGGCAAAAGCUAUAGGUCUUCUGCAGAGCUUGAUAAAGACAAAUAUAGAUCAGAGCAUUCACUUGGACAGUUCAUGGGUGACUGGAUGAAAUGCCAGUCUGAGCCCCAAGCUAUCCCGUGGCCUGAGACUGAUGCCCAACUAGACAGGACCAGACUCUCCAUAUCAUUACCAGUAGGUGCUGCAGAUUUCAUAUCAUCAACUUCAUCUCUUACCAAUGAAAACCUUGUAUGUUCACCCAUAAGAUUAUCGUGCAAUCUUGGCUCUGCUCAUGCGGGUUCUGAAAUGAAUACAUUCAUCAAAGAUACGAACCAAAGACAUGCAAAUUGGGGUACUUCUGCGGGUGGACCACUCGGGGAAGUUUUGCAUAGUUCCAAUAAUAGUGCAAGUGAUUCCCAGAACUCCAUCAGUCCUUAAUCUCAUGGGUGGGAACUGGGACAGCAGCGGGUCGAUUGCUUUCUAAUAGCAGUGCUGGGAUCAUUCCUAAAAAAGAGUCGAUCUUCUCCAGCUUCAAUAACAUCAGUUCCCAACCCUCUUGUAACACCUUGAUCCUCUAACCUGGAGAUCUUCAAACUACGUGGCGCAUGCAAGCUUUUAUGUCAAUGCUGGGAAACGUCUGACUUGUUAUCUUACUGAAUUAGAGUUCACAAUUAAGCUAUGAAGUACUUAUUUGAAUCUGCUGUAUCUUUUCUUUAUGUGUUGUGACUUUGACUUGCGUUAGUAAUAUAGUGUUUUUGUUCA